GUUUGAUGGCCGGAGGAAGAAGCGACUGAGAUCCGGGCGUGAAGAGAGAGAGAAAAAAAAGAGGGACGACGACGGUCGGGAAAGUCAAGAAAGGGAUCUUUUUUUUUUCUUUCGCUCUGAGGUGGAAUUUGCGCCGAAACGGAGGAGCUGUGAAACGUCUGUCUGGGUGAACGCCGCCUCGUCUCUGCGCCUCUGUGCCGGUGUGUCUCCCCCCUCGGCGGGUCGAAAACUGGGUUCGGGGAGUGCCGCUCCUCGGUGGCUAAACUAGCUAAAUCUAAGCGCCUCGGCGGACAGAGGAGAGACGAGACUUUGCUGUUUCCAGUCAAUGUGAUACAAACAACGGACACCCUCGACUGAAAGCGGAUCAGCAAGAGUCUAGGCGGCGGAGCGAAGCACACCAUUAGCAGAGGAAAAUGAGUGAACUUGAUCAGCUACGCCAGGAGGCUGAGCAGCUCAAGAACCAGAUCAGAGAUGCCAGGAAAGCGUGUGCGGAUGCUACCCUGUCUCAGAUCACAGCUAACAUUGACCCUGUUGGCCGAAUUCAGAUGCGCACUAGACGGACACUGAGGGGGCAUCUGGCUAAAAUCUAUGCCAUGCACUGGGGCACUGACUCGAGGCUUUUGGUCAGUGCUUCCCAGGAUGGCAAACUCAUCAUUUGGGACAGUUACACCACAAACAAGGUCCACGCCAUCCCGUUGCGCUCCUCCUGGGUGAUGACGUGCGCCUAUGCCCCUUCUGGAAACUACGUUGCCUGUGGUGGUCUGGACAACAUCUGCUCCAUCUACAACCUGAAGACCCGUGAAGGAAACGUGCGCGUCAGCCGCGAGCUGGCCGGACACACAGGUUACCUGUCCUGCUGUCGCUUCCUGGAUGACAACCAGAUUGUCACCAGCUCUGGAGACACCACCUGUGCUCUGUGGGACAUCGAGACUGGUCAGCAGACAACUACAUUCGCCGGUCACACCGGGGACGUGAUGAGCCUCUCUCUGGCGCCCGACACCAGGCUGUUCGUGUCUGGAGCCUGCGACGCUUCGGCCAAGCUCUGGGACAUCAGAGAAGGAAUGUGCCGACAGACCUUCACCGGCCACGAGUCGGACAUCAACGCCAUCUGCUUCUUCCCCAAUGGCAACGCCUUUGCCACUGGCUCAGACGACGCCACCUGCCGGCUGUUUGACCUGCGCGCCGACCAGGAGCUGAUGGUUUACUCACACGACAACAUCAUCUGCGGCAUCACCUCCGUCGCGUUCUCCAAGAGCGGCCGCUUGCUGCUGGCCGGCUACGACGACUUCAACUGCAACGUCUGGGACACACUGAAGGCCGACCGCGCAGGUGUCCUGGCCGGUCACGAUAACCGGGUGAGCUGCUUGGGCGUGACCGACGACGGCAUGGCAGUGGCAACAGGGUCCUGGGACAGCUUCCUCAAGAUCUGGAACUAGAGUCUGAAGAUGGCAUCCGGACUCCAAAGUUGAGUGGAAGACCAUUCCAACAUCACAAUGUUCAAUUUUAUUGCAUAUCCAAUCUUUUCGAAAAACACCAUGAUACUGACUCCAAACACCCCCCCUCCAAAAAAAAAACAAAAAAAAAAGAAAAAAAAACUUUCCAAGGGCAAAAAUUCUCUCUGUCUCUCUCUCUCUCUCUCUCUCUCCUCCUCAUUUAAAAGAGCACAAGUGUCUGUAACUCAUUCAGCUAGAAAAAAAAGUCAUAAAAAGAAAAAAAAAAAAAAAGCUCGAAGAAUCUUUGUGGUCUGAAAGUGGGACGGAGGGGAAAGUCGUGCAUUCCUCCCAUGACCAUGGUCUGGUAUUGUAAUAAGUGAAAAUAGAAAAAAAAAAACCUCCACCACUGCUGCCGCCACCAACACCGUCACCAUCACCACCGUCACCAUUAUGCACAGGUCUGAGUGAAGGUUCCUACAUGACAGUGAUCUAACUCUUAAUAGCUUUUUGGCCAUGUUUCUCUCUCUUUUUUUUUUUUUUUUUUUUUUUUGUUUAUUUUCAUGAUUCUGUUUUUUGUCGACGGAGAGGUAGAUCAGCAAACUGUCAGUUCAAUGUUUAAAAAAAAAAUGAGGAUCAAAGCUUUGUUUUAUUUCCUAGUCUUUACACAUUUUAGAGGAUGUUUUUAAGUCUGAGAAACAAGCGAACCUCCAGAUCGUGUCAUUUUAAAAUCCAGCUUUAUCCCCCCCUCCCCUCCCCCCCAACUGGAGAACAAAGCGAGAGAAUUGAGCUUCAACAGGGAGUCCUCAAGCCACUUCUGGCCCUUCUGUAUAUUUAGCCCCCUUGAUACUUUUACUCUUUUCUUUUUUUUUUUUUCUUUUUCUUUUUUUUUUCCAGUGUAGUUCACCAAUCUUUGUUUGCACAAAAAAUUAAACUUUGCAUAUAUAGAAUAAUGUUUAAAGAAAAAGAGUUAACUAACCAAGCACAUGCUGUUUAUGAUAAUGAAUGCUCGUUUUUAAAACGAAAAACAACAAAAAAAACAAACAAACAAACCAUUUUAACCAUUCUCACACCUUUUUGUCUGGCAACAGCGUAGAAUAAUUAAAUGAAGAUUAACCCAUCGGAUCAUAAUGGACCCCCACGCCCGCCCCGCUCCCCCCCCUCCACUCCGCCCUCCUUUUUUACUUCCUUUCGGUUGAGUUUCUUUCCUCCUUUGCCUUUAGUUUCCCUGGUUUGUGUUGCCCGUGGUUGGGACCGGUGAUGUGAUUUGGUCGGGUAGGGAGUACCUCCACUUUAACCCGGUUACGAUCCGGACGUUUCUCUUUUUAACAGAGGUGCCCAUUCCGUGCUUGGAAAUGCAGUUACUACUCUGUGAAUGACAUGUUGUAUAAAUCAAUGUUUGAAAAUAAUGAUAUUGAAACUUUUUAAGUUAAAAACGGAAAAAAAAAAAGAUUUUGGUUGUCUGCCAUGGGUGGGUUAUCUCUUAGAAUCGCAUGCUGUAGAAUUGCUUAAAAGGUGCAUAUGGAAUUGAGUCCUUUUGAUGUUUUUCUUUAAGAAAAUAACCUGUUGAAUAUAUCAAUACGAUGGUAUUUAUAGUUUUCAUUUCUUUUCUUUGUUUUUUUUUUUUCCCUUUUUUUUUUUUUCUUUUUUCCUUUUUGUUUUUCGGCUACUCCGUGCAUACAUGAUCCAACUAAAAUGUCAAAGCUAUGCACUCGAGAAGCGAAACCCUGCAACAUAAACGGUUACUUGGUCCAUUCUUGGGAGGGAUUCCACAAAUUUAAGAAGUAAAUGUUUAAA